AUGAAUCAACAAGAAGAAAAACAACAAGUUUUAAAAAAUAAUAUCAAAUGUUUAAAAAGUGAAUUUGAUCAUUUAAAUAAAGAAAUUGACACAUUAAAGGAAAACAUUGAUAAAGGAAGUGUAUUAUUAAGAAGAGAAAUUGCUGAAUUAAAAUUAGAAAUGGAUAAAUUAAGAAAGAGUAGUAAUAAACAAAUGAAAUCCGUUGAAAUUCUUGGCCAAUCAAUUCAUUGCCUUCAAGAUGAAGAUGAAGCUCAACAAAGUCCAUGGCAAGAAAUUGUUUAUUGCUAA